AUGAUUACUACAUCAGAUAAGUCUUUAAGGGCAGAAAAAAGUAUCGAAGGACGAAAUAUUAUAAACAGCUGCGAUCGCGAAACAUGCCAGCACCUCAUCAUAUAUUUGUUACUGACUUUCGUGGCGGCGGUUGGUUUCGCAGCCAGCUCAGAGAAAAACAUGCUUCCUUUCCGAGCAUGGUAUCCAUAUGACACAAAAAAGUCUCCAGCAUAUGAACUCACAUAUAUACACCAAGUGUUCGCGGUAAGCUUAGCUGCGUUAUUGAACAUAAGCAAGGAUAGCCUGGUGACUUCACUUAUAGCACAAUGUAGGUGUCGUUUGCGCUUAGUAGGUCUUUCCUUGAGAAAUCUAUGCAAAGACCAACAUUUUGCUGAGAAACAUACACCUGACUCAAUUUCCUUCAAGCCGUCGUCCAAAACCUUGCAAGUUACGGCUACUCAGGAGAAAAUAGUCGAGAAACGUCUGAAAGUCUACGUGAUGCAGCACCAACAGGUCUUGGAGACAGUUGAGCUGCUGCAGAACACAUUUUCGGAGCCGAUCUUCAUUCAGUUUAACGUAUCGCGUUUGAUUAUAUGCGUGUCUGCGUUUCAACUGGUGUCUGAAACUACUAACCUUAUUCGUUUGUUGUCAUUGGGCACUUAUCUGACAAAUAUGUUAUUUCAAGUUUUUACGUAUUGCUAUCAAGGCGACAUGCUCUCGUCUGAAAGUGUAGAAGUCGCUGAAGCAGCAUAUGAUAUGCCGUGGUACUCAUGCAGCAUGCGCGUGCGCUCAUCUAUACAGAUAAUAAUGGUGCGAUGCCACCGCAUUGCUAAGAUAACAGUUGGCGGCUUAACAGUUCUCUCGUUGGAUUCCCUUACUGCAGUAAGAUUUAUA